UAAUUUUCGUAUUUCUGUUAGAGACUUCGGUGUUUUCUGUUCAGUGUCAGACCAAUCCGAUGGUCGAUACUGGCUUUUUUUAUGUUUACAUAAUUAAUUUGAUGUCAUUUAAUGGAAUAAAUGUUCUCUCAUGUUGAACGCCCUUUCAGGUCAUAAGGAGCUACAAUAUUCAAUAUACGAGUUAAAAUGUGGUAUUUCUAUUUUCUAUAGACUGAAAUCCAUCCUUUUAUAGCCCUUUAGAUGCUAUUAAAAACACAAAAUGGAAGAGGGUAAUGUACUUUUAUCUGAUGGUGCAGAGAGCAAUAUAAUGGGAGGCUUUGAUAAUCCCAGCAGUUCUGCUAUUGAAGAUGAACCCCUCGACAUUAAAUGUUAUGAGGCUAAGCUGAGAAAGAAACUAAAGUUUUUCUUUAUGAAUCCCAUUGAAAAAUGGAAAACUAAGAGGAGAUUUCCUUACAAGUUCCUAGUACAGAUUAUAAAAAUUGCAUUAGUUACAAUCCAAAUUUCUUUAUUUGCACAUACUAGAUACAAUUAUGUCAAUUAUGCUUGGAAUAAUCGAAUCACAUUUUCAAAUCUGUUUUUAAUGGGAUGGGAUUCAGUCCGAGAGGUUUAUUCGUACCCUCCUAGCAUAGGACCUCUAGCAAUAUAUAAGCAAAUUGAUUUUUACAAAGCUAUUAAUCACGCUUUAAGCGGGUAUAAGAAUAUAAAUGGAACCAUCGGCCCUUAUUCAUAUGCUAACGAAAAUAAUUAUAUGACACCACCAUCACUUUGCGUUUAUCAGUAUAAAAAAGGAUAUAUAUUUGGGUUUAAUGAAAGUUAUGUGUUUAAUAAUGAGGUAGUUAAAGAAUGCUGCCAAGUUUCCUUAAACAGGUCUCACAUUGAACAGGAUAUUUGCAUCGAUAAAAGCAAAAUAGAAUUUUCUGCACUAGUAAAAGCGACAUUGGACUUUCCAUUAAAGACAGUCAAUUUUAAUGUUGCUGGCCUGCUUUCACAACCAGAUUGUUACCAGUUCAAUAUUACGAUAGUGUUAGAUAAUGCAGGCAUGGAUGGACAGAUGGUUUUAUCAUUAGAUACUGAACCUAUUAGAUUGCAAUGUAAAGGAAAUGUAGAAUAUAUAACUAAUAAUACAAUUAUUGCUAUCAUCACAACCACACUAAAUGUCAGUGUUAUCCUGAUAUGCGCACUUUCAUUUGUGCUGUGUGUCAGAGCUAUUGCUCGUGCACAACAGCUGAAACAGGAAACUGUAAAUUUCUUUCUACAAUACAAUCAAAGAGAUUUAAGUUUAGAAGGCCGUUGGGAAUUUUGGAAUUUAUGGUACAUUAUGAUCAUUAUCAAUGAUAUUCUUAUUAUAAUUGGCUCGUGUAUUAAAGAAGAAAUUGAAAGAAAGCAAGUUGUUGGUGAUCAAUGGAAUACAUGCAGUGUCUGUUUAGGAACCGGGAACUUAUUAGUAUGGUUUGGUGUGCUUAGAUAUUUAGGAUUUUUCAAGACAUACAAUGUUGUUAUUCUAACAUUGAAAAAGGCUUUUCCAAAAGUAAUUAGAUUUCUUUUAUGCGCACUCUUAAUAUAUGCUGGUUUUACAUUUUGUGGAUGGCUGGUUUUAGGCCCUUAUCAUAUAAAGUUCCGAACAUUAGCAAGUACAUCAGAGUGUCUUUUUUCAUUAAUCAACGGUGACGAUAUGUUUGCUACAUUUUCUAUCAUUACCGUGAAAUCAACAACGCUAUGGUGGUAUAGCAGAAUAUACCUAUAUUCAUUUAUAAGCCUCUACAUUUAUGUAGUUUUGAGUUUAUUUAUUUCUAUAAUCAUGGAUGCGUAUGAAACAAUUAAGUUGUACUACAAAGAAGGUUUCCCGAAGAAUGAUUUACAAAUUUUCAUGUCAGAGAGAGCUGAAGAAAUAUUUUUUGAGAGGGAGGAUUUAUUCCCUCGUCCACAAAGAAGAAAUAAUAUCCGAUCAAUUGUUCGUGGAUUAUGCUGCUGUAAUAUAGCAUGGAAAACACUAUCAAAAGGCCAGCCUUGUAAAAUAGAAGAUAAUACAAAUUUUUGGCCAUUUUGUACUGAAGGCUCGAAAAAUAUUCUUACAGCGCAUAAUGGUAUGCAUUUGGACGUCAAUCCUAUGCGACAUCUUUCAUCCUGUUCACCUUCAACAGUGAUACAACUAGAUAAAACAUAAACUCCAAAGAAAAAUUUAAUUUAAAUUGUUUUUGUUGUCAACAAUUUCAGUUACAUACUGCCCCUCUAAUGAAAUUUCAUCUUCUUUGAUCAAUUUUAAAAACAUUCUAUCUGAAUGAAGAUUUUAACUUAACCAUUAAAAAAAUUAGCCCUUUUAAUUUAUUAUACAAUUUCACUAUAUAAUAGAUAAAUAUUGUACUGUGUAAAUAUGCUAUGGGAUAUAGGAAGGUUUUUAUGUGCAUAAAAUGCAUUUAUGAAAGUAUUUUAUUUAGAAAAAUAGUAAUUACACAUUUAAAAUAAUGAAUUAUUUCAAUGAGUCACUAAGGCACUAUAAGAAUGCAAUUUGUGAAACUAUGAUUUGAAUAACAAAUAUAAAAAUUUAGUUUUUUACAAAAAAAUAUUCAUACGUCUAUAAAAAAACACCAGAAUUUUGGACUGGCAAUUUUAUUAUAAUAAAGUAUAUUGUAUGGCACAAUGAAAAUAUUUUUGUUCAACCAUAGCAAUUUAACAA